AUGUCGCGCCCGAAACAGCACAUCAUAUUCCUCACGGGGCCGACUGGAACCGGCAAGACGACAAUAGCGAAAUAUCUAACCGAAUCGCUCCACAUGACCUUCAUCGAGGGUGACGAUUAUCACCCCAAAGAAAACGUGGAAAAGAUGCACAGGGGUGAGCCCCUCACUGAUGAGGACCGUUGGGGUUGGCUCGACACUCUGCGCGACGAAGCCCUGAAGGGGUUAGACCAGGACCUGCCAGGCGUCGUCGUCGCCUGCUCGGCCCUGAAGCGGACCUACCGCGACGUGUUGCGGGGAGCAUCACAUCCUGACAAGGAUAUCUUUGUCAACUUCGUCACCCUACACGCGCCAGAGGACGUUCUUUUCGAGCGCGUCAAGGGCCGCCACGGUCACUUUGCCGGUGCGAACCUGGUGCACAGCCAGUUCCAGAGUCUGGACCCCCCGCAGGAGGAUGAAGAGGACGUUGUUGGUGUUGACGUACAGCCUCCAGUGGACGAGGUGCAGAAGAAUGCGCUACAGAAGGUGAAGGACCUGCUCGGUAGAUAG